UUUUGUUUCCUCGCCCUGCUGGCUGCCCGGGUCCAGGGUCGGCGCGUCCCGACGGCCACCCGCAGGGACGGCUCCUCCCCGGGCAGCGCGGGCGGCUGCAGAGCCUCGCCCGGGACGCCCCGCGUAGAUGCUGUGACAAUGGAGUUGAGCUGCGAUGAAGUACCUCUUUAUGGACAGGUGGCUAUACAUGCAAAAUUUGAUAAAGACAUUUACCUCCCAGAGGAUGCUGAGUUUUACUUUGUUUAUGAUGGGUCCCUGAAGAGGCACAUAAUGUUUGCUGAGCGACUUAGUGACAACACUCUUCAGUCCAUUGUUCCAGGCCAUGGAUGCCAAGAGGCAGUUUCUGUCUCUGUGUUAAUGUACACAAGGGGAUGCUCACCUGUGGUUCUUGGCAGCUGUCCCGUCACUUACAGAGAGAAUCUGUCUUGCAAGUUGUCUCGCUUUCUGGUCAAUCAUGCUGAAUGUGUCACUACCGCUAGUCACAAGAUGUUGCUGGACACAUUUGGCCUGAGGAUAAAAGAUCUGCAGUCCUUGGAUAACGAUUUGAUGAUGGCUGUUGCUCAUGAAGAAUUGCCAUCAACCUGGAACAUCGUUGGAGGCUGCUUAGAAGGUGAGCCUAAAUGUAAAGAAACCCUUCUCCACCUUGUGAUGAAAUUGGGAUUGGUGAAGCUUUCCCAGUUCUUAGCAGCCCAGCCUGGAGGGUCAUUAGCAUUGGCAUUACCUAAUGAGGAUGGAGCAACACCAUUAGAUUUAGCUUUACAAAAUGGGCACUCCAGACUUGUUGACUUCUUCACAAAUUUCCAGGGCCGUCACUCAGUUGACAUUUCAAGAGUGGAGAUCAGCGAGGGUGCUUGCGUGCAGUUUGUUCAUUCAUCAGGAGCUCUGACGCUGACAUUUAGCCAGACUGCACAGCACUUGCUGGAGUCGGAUAUUAAGCUUUUCAGAAAAUACUUCUGGGACAGACCUCUUCUUUACCAGAGUAUUAAUUUGAACCAAGUUGAGACAGUGGAAGGUCGAGAAAUGCCCUGCAGUACAAUGAGCUCUGUAGAAGGUCCUGUGAACUUGGCAUCUGAAAAAUUGUCCCAGGAUGAUACAAAGCCUCUCCAAGAGUCUGUGGUUCCUUUUAAAGAAAAUGAAGAUCACGUCCUGUUGGACAUAGAGCAGAGACACUCUACCCUUGAUAUUCUCAGGAAACUCAAGGCUCCACCUGCUUUGUUUGCUGCAACCAGACUUCCUGCCAUGCUGAGUGGAAGUGAUGAAGUAUAUGCAAACUGCAUGGUAGUACACCAAGCUGGAGAUUUAAGGACUUGCAACAUUCAUGAAGAUGGUGUCAGCAGUGAAAUUAGUCUGAAUCCUACCAACUCAAUCCCAAUGGCUAAGAGCUCUUCUUCUCCCUCCCUUGAGGAGGAUGACCAGUAUAUAUAUGUUCCAAAAGAAGAAAAUAAAAGGCCAGUGAAAUGUGGAGAAAAUGUAGGUUUAAAAAGUACUGUUUCACCGUCCAAUCCAUAUGGAGCAGAUUCGUAUCUUCCAUUCAAGACCCAUGGAUUUAUUAAGGAUUGGAGCCAACUUUAUGCUGACAUGAAAAGAAGGAGUUCAAGUCUUGAUGACCUUGAAAUAGAUGAUGGAAGUGGAGGUGUUUCAAAGAGAUCCCAUGUUCACUACCCUCCUCUCGGCUCUUCAGAGACCAUGGCUUGUAGCAGAGAUGGAUUAGACUUACCUCCCGGUCUGCAGCCCAAGGAAUGCAUAGUGUAUGGGAUUCGGGCACGCUCCUAUUCCUGCUCCUCACCCAAAGGUUCAUUAGGACAUCCUCACAUUCCUCGGGACUUCACAGCUGGGAAUUCGAGUGAAGAAAGAGCGUACAGUCUGCCUGAGCAGUCCGGGGAGAAAAGGAUUCAGGAAGAAGAAUGGAAUAACUAUAUUGUACCCUCAAAAAAUGAGUCAGAAAAAUAUAAAGUGAGUCGUACUUUCAGCUUUCUGAUGAACAGAAUGACCAGUACACGGAAUAAGUGCAAGACAAAAAAUAAAGAUAACAAAGAUAAAGAGAAACUGAACAGACACAAUUUUACAAAUGGGACCUUUUCAGGAGUUAUUUCAUGUAUAGCCUGUGAAAAAGCCCUCCUAGGAAAAGAGUCAUUGCAGUGCUCUCAUUGCAACCUGAUUGUGCAUAAGAGCUGCAAGGAGGGUGCUCCUGUGUGCACCAAGAAAUCCCAGGAGAGGUACCAUAAUAAAAACAAACCCAAAGCUGGUGUAACAAAUUCCCUGCCUGGAGACAUUUCACAGAUGAUGCUCUCCUCAGUGCAUCCUUCUUCCUCUAUGCCUAUUGGACUGUCUGCUGGAAGGGAAGUCUUACAACAGUCCCACUUCUUGUCUAAAAGUGUCCCUAGUGCUAGUUUUGAAAGAAGAUCUGUGCCAUUUUCUGAACAAGAUUCUGAGGCUAGCACCUGGAGGUCCAAGUCACGCUCUGAAGAGAUGUUACAAGCACUAGGGACCUUCACUUCAAUGGAUUCUUUUAUGAUGGAAGAUUAUGUGGAUUUGUCUCAGUGGACUGAUCUCUGCACAGAUGCACAAGAGUUUGAGGCAGAGUCCUGGAGUCUUGUUGUGGAUCCAGUGUUCUGCAGCAAGCAGGAAAAGGAUGUCAUCAAGAGGCAGGAUGUAAUUUUUGAGCUGAUGCAAACAGAAGUGCAUCACAUCCAUACCCUCUUCAUUAUGUCUGAAAUAUUCAGGAAAGGGAUGAAGGAAGAACUGCAGCUGGACCACAGCACAGUGGACAGAAUAUUCCCUUGCUUGGAUGAGCUUCUGGAGAUGCACAGGCAAUUCUUCUGCAGAAUGAAGGAGAGACGCCAAGAAUCAUGUGAAGCAGGGAAUGAACGUAAUUUUGUCAUCAGCAGAAUUGGAGACAUCCUUGUGCAGCAGUUUUCAGAGGAAAAUGCAACUAAAAUGAAGGAAAUAUACGGACAAUUUUGCAGCCAUCAGAAAGAAGCUGUUAAUCUCUUCAAAGAGUUGCAACAAAACAAGAAGUUCCAGAAUUUUAUUAAACUGAGAAAUAGUAACCUAUUGGCACGACGCCGAGGAAUCCCGGAGUGCAUCUUGCUUGUCACCCAGCGAAUCACCAAAUACCCUGUUCUGGUUGAAAGGAUAUUGCAAUACUCAAAAGAAGGAACAGAAGAACAUGAAGACCUGUGCAAAGCCCUUUGUCUAAUUAAGGACAUGAUUGCAGCAGUAGAUUUGAAAGUGAAUGAGUAUGAGAAAAAGCAAAAGCUGUUGGAAAUUCUCAGUAGAACUGAAAACAAAACGUACACAAAACUGAAAAAUGGCCAUGUUUUUAGGAAGCAAGACUUGGUGCGGAAAGAGAGGAUUCUUCUCCAUGAAGGCUUAGUGUACUGGAAAACUGCAACUGGUCGUUUCAAAGACACCUUAGCUCUGCUUCUGACUGAUAUUCUACUGUUCUUACAUGAAAAAGAUCAAAAAUACAUCUUUGCAGCUGUUGACCAGAAGCCUUCUGUUAUCUCUCUUCAGAGGCUCAUAGUAAGAGAAGUAGCCAACGAAGAAAGGGGGAUGUUUCUGAUUAGUGCUUCAUCUGCAGGGCCUGAGAUGUAUGAAGUUCAUACCAACUCUAAAGAGGAACGUAACAAUUGGAUGAGGCAUAUUCAAGAUGCAGUGGAAAGUUGUCCAGAGGAAGAAGAAGAAAGAAAAAUGAGUGAAUCUGAUGAGGACAGACGUGUUGCUGAGGCCAAAGCAUCCAGAAUUCAGAAAUAUCAAGAAUCACUGAGUAACCAGGAUCAGCAGAUCUGUAGUUAUCUGGAAGAGAAGUUGCGUAUAUAUGCAGAACUGGGAGAUAUGAGUGGGUUUGAGGAUGUUCAUGUAGAACCUCGUCUCCUUAUCAAACCUGAUUUUGGAGAAACUCCACAGGCAGCUUCACUGCUGGCAGCAGCACUCAGAGAAGUUGAGAGUCUCCAUGUUGCUGUAAUGACAUCACAAGUGAGUGAAACAGACAGAUCACCAGAGGAAAGUAUUGAAGAAUUAAGUGUGAAACAGAGAUUUAGUGCCAAUGAACUCUUGGAAUCUGUCCCUGGUGAUGCAGAAAUAAAAGAAGUUGAAGAAUCAUCUGAAGUUGAUGUCAGUAUUGAGAAGGAAAUGGCAGGUGCCAAUCUAGAGGAUAAGGGAGGAAGUAUGCAUUUCCUAGGAUCUACAGGGACAGAGAUUGUACAAGCAAUCCAGAACUUAACCCGUCUCUUGUACAGCAUACAGGCAGCUUUAGCUAUCCAGGACAGCCAUAGGGAGCUCCAUAGGCUACUCCUGCAAGAGAGUGAGAAGGCUGGUCGGGGCCACGGUUCUCGGCUAAACCUCCUUCUGGACCAAGAAAAAUACCGGAAUCUGGAAAAACAAAAGGUGGAGCUGGCCAACAUACACAAACUGAAGCAGCAGUUUCAGCAAGAGCAGCAGCGGUGGCUGCGUGAGUGUGACCAGCGGCAGCGAGAGCAGGAGGCAAGGGAGCGCCGUCUGGGGCAGCGGGAGAGGGAGUGCGGGUGCCAGGAGGAGCUGCUGGAGAGGAGCCGACAGGGACUGGCGCUGCAGCUGCAAGAGUACCAGCAGAGCCUGGAGAGGCUCCAGGAUGGCCAGAAAAUGGUGGAGAGAGAACGAGACAGAGUGAAAAUGCAGCUUCUCUGGCACUGGAAGCAUGGUCAACGCAGUAGCCUGUUGUCAUCCACCGGUAGCUAUGAGAUAGUGGGACAUAAUCAAUCGGACAGCUUACACAGCGAAAAUACAUUCUACUUAAAUGAAGCUGUAGUGUGUGUGUCUCUAAGCAGUCUCAACAGAUCAAAUUCUUCUCUUGUUUUUGAGGAUGGUGUUUAUGGGCUGAACAUCUCAAAUUCUGAUGUAGCAAGGACUAGCAAAAAUCAAGUGGACCUCAAAAUGGACACUUCUUGUCAGCCAGUGUUAACCAAUGCGCUGUGGAAAUCCACUGGUCCUUACCAGCAGAUGUCUUUUUCCUGCAAAAGCAACAAGGAUGCUUUUAAUAAUGCUCCAGCAACUUCAGUGCAGUGGUUUUUUGAAGUCAGUGGAAUUACUGGCAUCAGUGAAUCUGAAAUGAUCUGAAUGCAUCACAGACCCAGAGUCCAC